GGAUGCAGAACCCCUGGUCUCUGUCUGGACAGUGCUGAUUUGCCCUGUGCUCAUCACAUGCACUCUCCCAAGAAAAAAAACAACCUCUCUAGCAAUACACACCAAACUGAGCAUUUGCAGAGUGUCUCCACACGAUAUGUCUUAUCAGGAAAUAAGAGGGGGACACUGGAAGAAGGGGAGGAUCAGAGAAGACAGGAUCACACAGCCUUUUUACACAAUGUGGAGGAUUAACCCCUUAGGCUCCACAGUGAGUAUAACAAGUAUGCUUUACUGCAUAUACAGACUGAUAUUACUGUUGUGGGUUUAGUAACACUUUAUGUGUAUUAUGUAAAAGAUGAUGAAACCAAAUGCACAAGGUGGGC